CCUUGUAGGAAAUUAAGUUUAGGUGGAGGAUGAAUUUUUUUUUUUUUUUUUUGCUCCAGGCAUGUGGCAGGAAGAUAUUAAAGCACAUCAUAGUAGAAUCUUCUUUGAAGUUAACUGUGUGGGAAUAAUGUAUAAUACGUAUGUGGAAAAAUAACGAUUUGACGGCCCUCCUCAAAUAAUUGCUGCUACGCAGACAGAAUAUUCGUCGUAAUAGGCCUCUGGAAAAGUAUAGGAUGAAAACUCAACUUUUCUGGCAUGAGCUGCUAAGAAAGAAGAAUAUUUGCAGAAUUACUGCUGGCCUUGCAGUGUAAAAGUUACUGUUAAUCAAUAUGUUGAUUGGCACUUACUUACUUACUGUGAUGAUAUGCUAGACCCUUAAACACAUGGCAUUUAUGUAUUGAUUCAGAGGAGGCAGGGGUCUGUAAAGAUGAAUUUUUUUUGUGCCUAGUUAUGUGAAGCUAGUUGGUUUCCCGUUCUUUGGCACGGAGAAGAGGACACACCUAUACUUGUUCUGGUGCUCCAUAGACUAGCAAGUCAUGAGCUGCCGUGUUUCACUUGAAGCUUCUCUAAGCAUCCCCUGGAAAUUACCAUUGCUUGUGGUCGUGGUACCACCGUUUUUGAAAUGCAAGCUGAUGAGGAAUACCAGAUUCUGGCAAACUCCUGGCGAUACUCCAGUGCAUUUACCAAUAAGAUUUUUUUUGCUAUGGUAGAUUUUGAUGAAGGCUCAGAUGUGUUUCAAAUGCUAAACAUGAAUUCUGCCCCAACCUUCAUUAACUUUCCUGCUAAAGGGAAGCCUAAAAGAGGUGACACAUAUGAACUUCAGGUGCGAGGUUUUGCAGCUGAGCAGCUUGCUCGUUGGGUGGCUGAUAGAACUGAUGUCAAUAUUCGUGUGAUAAGGCCGCCAAAUUAUGCUGGACCAUUGAUGUUAGGACUGCUGCUGGCUGUCAUUGGAGGCCUUGUGUAUUUGCGUGGAAGCAAUCUGGAUUUUCUGUAUAACAAAACUGGCUGGGCAUUUGCUGCUUUGUGUUUUGUAUUAGCAAUGACAUCAGGCCAGAUGUGGAACCACAUUAGAGGGCCACCAUAUGCUCAUAAGAAUCCCCAUACAGGACAAGUGAACUAUAUCCAUGGAAGCAGCCAAGCCCAGUUUGUGGCAGAAACGCACAUUGUUCUUCUGUUUAAUGGUGGUGUUACUUUAGGAAUGGUACUCCUCCAUGAAGCAGCUACUUCUGACAUGGAUGUGGGAAAAAGAAAAAUCAUGUGUAUUGCUGGUAUUGGCUUGGUGGUGUUGUUCUUCAGUUGGUUACUCUCCGUCUUCAGAUCUAAAUACCAUGGCUACCCAUACAGCUUCCUAAUGAGUUAAAGGCUUCCAGAAUCUAACGGCAGAAGGAUGGCGACUCUGAAAUUGAGCCUAACGGAAUGGAAGAGCUAAAUGUGUAUGGUUCAUGCUACCUCUCUUUACAUUGAAUGAGAUAGUUAAACACUGAACCAAAGACAACGUGUAGUGCCUUAAGUAUAGCAAGCAAUUUGCUGUGAAGGACACAGAGUAUUAAGAUGCAAUCUCUUUUCAUAAACUUUACAUCUUCUUAAACAACUUUACUUUAAAUCUAGUGAAAUUCAAAGCUUACUGUUUAGAACUACUUUGUUUCCUUAGACUAACUAUAAAAUCUUUUAAAUUCAAUUGGAUAAUCUGUGUUCCAUAUGUUUCUUUUUCCCUCAAAUAUUUGUCACUUUGUUUCUUAUUCAUGCAUAGCUGGUGACAGUUGCUUCUGUGGAUCAUGCUCUCUUACGGUUGAGGAAACCUCAUCUUGUAUCUGGAAACCUCUUCCUUCAGUCUGUACAGUGACCCUUGUAGCAUACUCCACGUUGCAGUGGGAAAUGGGCACAUCCUAGAGCUGUAUCUUAAUAUGAGAAGGGUACUUAAUUGCUGUAUGAUGCAAGAGGUCCCCUCACAGAGGAAGAAACUUUUUAACAGGUAGAAAUGACUUUUAAAAUAACUGAAUUCAGGAUUUUUUGUUAAGUGACCUACUAAUGAGUUUUCUACUUGAUAUUCAAGGUUUAAAAAAAAAAAAACAAAACAGCCAGAUAUACUUCUCCUUGCCCUUUCUCCAGCCUCCUCCCCCCGAGUAAAUAACCAAUAACUCCUAUCCUCAGUUCAGUUGAAAUCCCUAUUUGUUACAGAGCAUCUUGUUCAAUCAUUCACUGAACUUUCUUUGAUUGCCAAAUGCUGAGACUACCAUGCAAGUUGUAAACAUUGGCUCAAAGUCAAAAAAUAUUCUUAGCCUGUUCAACAUUCUCCUCCCAAAAAUCGGAAAACCAAAGCUACAGAGGUAACUCUCUGUAGCAUGAGUGGCAGGGUGUUAACUGGCUUUUAAGUGAUCGCUCAGUGACCUGACAAACCAGCAGGUAUCAGAUUUUUAGUCUCCAUUGAAGUUCUCACUAAGUUUUCUGUAAAUUUCUCUAAGCUUUUUUCUCUUUUUUUUCCAGCUUCCUCCUUGGGGAGGAGAAGGGGGUGGUGGGCAGAGAGACAUCUAAUCUCAGGAUAUAUGUUAUUACCCCAUGAAAGAUUUAUUGGCCUUAAAAUUGAGUAGAUGCUCUCCUUGUUCUCUCACAAAGAUAUUAUGCCUUAAGGAUUCUUGAGAAGACCUUGUGCCUCAGUCCAAACUUGUGUAGUUUGGCGCCUAUACUAGAGGAAACUUCAACAGCCUGAUUCAGUAAUAGUCCCUUCCUCAGGCUGUGGUAGCCUUGGAGGUUACUAGUCAGAGGCAAAUGUGAUGAGACUCUUGGCUCCUGCUUCUUUCUCUCCCUUGUCUCAAGGGGUUAAAGAAUUUGGACACUUUGAAGCUCAAAGGACUGUAUUAUUCAAAGUACAAUGUUAUUCUUAUGCAAGUUUGCUAAAUUAACAUACGUUUCAAGUGCCUUAACUCCACUAAUUUAGUUGUUUGAUGUUUCAAUGUGUUGAGAUGCAUUUUUAUGCCAUACAGAAUGACGGGCCUUAGUGGAAUGGAUAAAUUGUGUGCUUGACUGGAUUUUUGGACAACGUUCAAUAAAAUUUUUUAGUCUGUUC